UUAUAGCUGUUUUCUUAUACAAUUCACUUAAUCUUUGCAAAAUUAAGAAAAUUAAAAAAAAAAUGGAUCUUUACACAUAUCAAAGAAGUGCUUUUUCUUCUUCAUUAUCAAUUUUUUCUUCAUUUUGUAUGAUGGAUUUGAUUGAAAGAGCUAAAAAUUUCUUCAGAUUUGCUGUUUCUACUAUUAUUGGGAAUGUGUUUUCUGCAAUUUUCACAUUUUUCUUCGCAUUAGUGGGCACAUUAUUAGGAGCAAUGACAGGAGCUUUGAUAGGUCAAGAAACAGAAAGUGGAUUCAUUAGAGGUGCCGCGGUUGGAGCCAUUUCUGGUGCUGUUUUCUCUCUUGAGGUCUUUGAGUCAUCUCUGUUGCUAUGGCACUCUGAUGAAUCCGGAGUUGGAUGUGUUCUCUACUUGAUUGAUGUAAUAGCUAGCUUGUUAAGUGGUAGACUAGUUCGUGAGCGGAUUGGUCCAGCAAUGCUUAGUGCAGUGCAAAAUCAGAUGGGAGCUGUUGAAACUACAUAUGAAGAGGUACCUAACAUUUUCGAUACAGGUGGGGCAAAAGGUUUGCCUGGAGAUUUUGUGGAGAAGAUCGCAAAGGUUGUAAUUAGCAAUGAUAACAAUGUAGAUGAUACAGGGGAGAGAGUUUCGUGUUCAGUCUGCUUACAGGACUUUCAACUCGCGGAAACUGUUAGAUGUUUGCCACAAUGUCAUCACAUGUUUCACCUACCAUGCAUCGAUACAUGGUUGUUGAGACAUGGCUCGUGUCCAUUGUGCAGACGGGAUCUAUAGGUGGUUGGUUCUACUCAGUAUAUAGUUGUAAGGUUAUGUUAGUUUUUUUCAUACUUACUGAUAAGGGAUGUUUGUCAUAUCAUAUAGAAGCCUAUGUAAUCCAGUAUGGUCAUUGUAGUCGAUUGCAAAUUCUGGCAGUGAAAAAUGCAUAGAGAUGGAUGCUCUGGAUAUCUGUGUUGCAGAUGUUGUACCUG